AUGCCGCCAAAGUUUGACCCGAGUCAGGUAGUGGAUGUGUUCGUCCGGGUCACCGGUGGAGAGGUCGGAGCGGCCAGUUCCCUCGCUCCAAAGAUCGGGCCCCUCGGACUGUCGCCGAAGAAGAUCGGUGAGGAUAUCGCAAAGGAAACCGCCAAGGACUGGAAGGGCCUCCGCGUGACUGUCAAGCUCACCGUGCAGAACCGCCAGGCAAAGGUGACCGUUGUUCCGUCCGCUGCGGCGCUCGUCAUCAAGGCCCUCAAGGAACCCGAGCGCGAUCGGAAGAAGACCAAGAACAUUAAGCACAACGGCAACAUCUCCCUUGAUGACGUAAUCGAGAUUGCCAAGGUCAUGCAGCCACGCUCCAUGGCCAAGGAUUUGUCUGGCACAGUCAAGGAGAUCCUCGGAACCUGCGUUUCUGUCGGAUGUACAGUCGACGGGAAGGACCCUAAGGAUCUACAGCAGGAGAUUACUGAUGGCGACGUGGAGAUUCCCGAGAUUUGA